AUGAGCAACAUUCAAAGGGCUAACGGAACCCAGGCUUGCGCUGCUUGUAAAUACCAGCGCAGGAAGUGCGCACCCGACUGCAUUCUCGCCCCUUAUUUUCCUCACGAUCGUCAAAGACAAUUUCUCAAUGCUCAUAAAUUGUUUGGUGUCAGCAAUAUUACCAAGAUCAUACGGAACCUUGAUCAACCUGAUAAGGACGAGGCCAUGAGGACCAUCAUUAUUCAAUCUGAUGUUCGUGCCAAUGACCCUGUUGGUGGAUGUUAUAGAAUCAUACGAGAGCUUCAACGUUUGAUCGAGUACAAUAGAGCCGAACUUGAUAUUGUUCUUCAUCAGUUGGCCAUUUGUCGAGCACAGACCCAACAUCAACAGAUAUUAAUGUCCGAUCCCACAGAUCAUUCAACCCUUAACUGCACCCUUGACAAUAUCGCAAAUGCAGACACUUUGAGCUCGUUUGAUCCGUUGAAUUUUCAUCAUAAUCUUCUUCAAUCGCACCAAGAGCAAGAUAUUGUACAGAAUGAUCAUCAUGUAUCGUUGCAAGAGAUCAAUUCAUGGGCAAUGCAAGAGCCAGCGUUGUCCCCCUUACGGGUCAAGCAACCUACUGUAAACGAAUGCGAAGAUUUCAAGCAGAUUCUGGAUAUACCUGGCGAUAGACAUGAGCUCCAAUUCGAGCUCGAAGAAACACUUCAACAAAGUGAUGAGGCCAUUAUAAAAGAAGACAAAGCCUCAUUAAAAGAAGUGGAUGACUCAUUCCAACAUGCUCAAGAUCAUGAUCUACGGGGUGCUGCCACAUUAUUUACCCUCACAAACUGUAGCGGCUAG